AGCACAGGCAGAAUGAACUGAUGGAAAAUUACGUUCAAAUUCUCAUAACCAUCAGUGAACUGCGGACCAGAAGAGCUGAGAGGUCUGGCACCCUGUUUGGGCUGGGGCAUUCCCGGGACCUCUCCUGGGAGCCACGCUUUGCCCUGCUGAAGAACCUCAUCCUCAGUGACCUUUUGCUUACCUUCACGCAGUCACCCACAGUGCUGCAUUGCCUGUUAAACCGACGUACGUUGGCCUUUGAUAGCUGGUGCCUGGUGCAGUAUUUCACUGGCACGGUCUGUAUCUUGUGCACUCUCCUCACGCUCACCUUCAUGGCCCUGGAGCGGUAUGUGUACGUUUGCCACGCUAUACGUUACCUCCAAAUCAUCACCUUGCAGCGUCUGCGCUCGAUUAUUGGUCUGAUCUGGAUUAUCUCCUUGGCGAUAGCCGUUGUGAACAUGGUACUGCUCCAUAUGGGGCGAGGCACGUUUGGCGAGGCCACGGCGGGAAUGCUGUGCGAGCCGGACACUGUGGAACGGCACAUGGGCUUUCCCCGGGCGGCGGCCAUCUUCCGCAAGCUCAUCGGCGUCGUCUUCAUACUGGGCUGCAUCCUCAGCUACUCCUUCUCUUACAUUCGCAUGUAUCAGGAGGCCUGCAACGCCGUGGAGCCCUUUAACUGCGUCAACAGCCGGGCUCGCAAGACUGUGCUCUUCUACGGCAGCAUGUUCGUCGUGCAGCUCGUCCCGUGCUGGAUCAAGAUCGCCUCUGACGGGCUGUGGGAGAUGGAGGGGACCGUGUCCAUGGUGAUCUCGCCGGCACUGGUGUCAUCGGAGACGCCUGUGCCCCACCGAGCCCUGCCCUCAAACAUUGCAGGUGCUCUGCACAUUUCAUUACUAGCCCUCAUACUGGUGCCCCCGUGCAUCAACCCACUCAUCUACGGCAUCCGGAACCGGGAGGUGCGUGAGGCAGUUUUGCGUUUCUGCCAGCUCAGGCAUAGAAUCCGCCUCAUACCUCUGGGAGGUGGAGGGCUCUCAGCACAGGGCAACCGGGGGAAAUGAAAGGGGACCAGGCAGAUGCAGGGGUCCCUCCUCCUCCUCUGGCAUUCAUUCUGCUGAGCACUCCUUCUGGGUUCGCUGGAUUCUUUUGUUCUGUGGCGUAGCAGAACAGUUUGUCUCCCAUCCACAGAGAAAUACAGAGAGAGAGAUGAUCUGCAGUGGUCUUCAGAGUGAACAGUUCAUAAUGUUUGGAAAAUGUUGUUUUACAGUUUCUGACACAGUUGUUCUGCAGUCAAGUGGUUAGCAGGUUAUAACAUAAGGUAUACUUGGGAUUCACCUUCUCAAUUCAUGGGAUGCGUGGCUUGAAGAAUUGGAAAAACUUUUAAUACUACCCUGAAUGUAUGCAGCCGACCAUCGCUUUGGAAUUCCCCAGCUGAGAUGUGCAGUUACUGCCCUGGAGGACUGCACAACUGACACAAGCCAAUUUCCAUGCGGAUGUGAAAACAGGUCACUGUCCAAAGAGAAUGCCAUGCUCACUGAGACACUCCUUCCAUUGGAUGAUGAGAAUGGUCAGGAUACAAUACAAAUUGCCAGAUGCAUCACUGUACUAGUAGCAUGGGAUGGAUGUCACUCUAGAGCCACUUGUUCUAGGAAUUCUUGACAUGUUGUAUUUAAGUUUUAAGGUGACCACAAUUCAAUAAAUAACUUAUGAUUGCGCCUGUAACUUGUCACGUCCUGUUAUGAAAGAAAUGUGUAUCCAUGCAAGCACUUUCAACAAAGGGUUUAUUUGAAGUGUAAAUGUAAUUUUAAAAUGUAUAAAACCUAUAGGUUAUCCUCGGUCAGUGAUAACAAUCCACAAUUAUUCUAAAGAUCAGGCAGAUGGUCAACUAGACAAAACAUUACUAGACCCCUCUGAUCAAUUGGGCUGGUUAAUUUAUAUUUUUAAUUAUCUAUUCAGUGGUUGUGUCCUGUGAGUUAUGCACAUGUUUAAUUUGUUUUUAAUUUGUCCUAUGUAUUGCUGAAACAUGUCAAUGUGUAAAUAACACUAUCAGCCAACAUCAACAGUUGUGAUUUUCUGCUCAAAAACAAGCAUUCUGGCAGGAUUCCAUGCACUGCUGAGGGUUGUCCACUAAUGUAAGAGUGGAAAGAGUGGUAAAAACUAGAAGAAAAAAACAUAGGAAAAGCACACAAAAUCAAUAUUGUAAAUAUUGUCUACUGCAGCAGUAAGACUGACUUAAAAUACUUAAAACAUUUUUUAAAAUCCAUUGUUUCUCU